GCUGCUUCCGGCCCCUCACGUUGUGCCCAACUGAAAUGUGUUUCCUGAACGCGGACGAGUCGCCGCAGCCCCGGACUCCUCGCGUGGCUCUCGGGGACGAGGAGGACGACGUUAGUGUCUGAGCCCAACGCGUAACAUCCACCUUUGUGGUUGAACGUCACCGCAGCAGUAGGGAGGAGGAGGAGGUGGAGAAGAGGAGGAGGAGAAGAGGAGGAGGAUGAUCAUCAUCAUGCAGCGCAUCCUAACUCCCGGGACCCUGUGGCGGAUGGCGGCAGUGCGCCCUCUGCUGGGGGGCGUCGCCCUUCCCGAGCCAGCGGCAGCGGUGUGUUGCUGCGCUUUUCGUCUCGUGUCGCCGCCGCCGCCUACAGGCCGCCGCUGGCUCUCCACCUCGACCUUCAGCAGGACGGCGCAUCAGCCGAAACACCAGCCGCAGGAGGAGGAGCCGCCGUCCAGCUCGACGCCCCAGGACGUCCAGAGGGAGGAGGCCUGGCCCGACGCUGCCGAGGUGGACCCGCUGCAGGACAAGUCCAUCGGCCUGGUCCAGAGGUUUAAGAGGACCUUCAAACAGUACGGGAAGGUGUUGAUCCCCGUUCACUUGCUGACGUCCUCCCUCUGGUUUGGAACCUUCUACUACGCCGCAAUGAAAGGUGUGAACGUCGUGCCGUUCCUCGAGAUGAUCGGUCUACCAGCGUCUUUACUCGACCUCCUGAGAGACUCGUCGAGCGGCUACGCUCUGACUGCGUACGCCAUGUACAAGAUCGCCACCCCCGCACGAUACACUGUGACUCUGGGCGGCACGUCACUCUCUGUCCAGUAUCUCCGCAAACACGGCUACCUGUCCACACCGCCGCCGGUCAAGGACUACAUCCAGGACAAGAUGGAGGAGACCAAGGAGAAACUCUCGGAGAAGAUGGAGGAGACCAAGGAGCGACUGUCGGAGACAAAGGAGCGUAUCUCCGAGAAGAUGGAGGAGACUAAGGACAAGUUCUCUGAGAAACUGCAGGAAACCAAAGACAGAGUCUCGGAGAGACAAUCGUUUUUCAGGAAGAAAAACGAUUAGCUAAUCUAAUUAAAUAAUCUUCAACUUUAUCUUUGACAAAUCAUCAGUGACGACGACAGCACUUCUGGAAAGAGAGAGAGACAUUGCACUAUUCACCUACCACACCUCGGUGGUCACCUGUUUUCUGUUUUAACGUCCGGUUCAGUUACGAGUCGUCGUCCCCGUAAGUGUCGACUAGACAGCAGCUUAGCGAGACUCAUUCUGGCAAUGCUCCAUUCUGGAUUUACACCGGCUCACUGCUCACCCUCAACUCAACUGUGGCUCGGCUGUUUUAAAGAGGAUUCACAUGACAGUGCAUGUACAUUAAAAAACAGCAAUAAAAGAACCUUUAACACAGUUACAGUCUGUAUGAGAGAGAGAACAUCUGGUGUCGUCAGGAGAAUAAACCCGCCGUUUCCUUUUAGUCCCAUCAAAGCCUUUUCUGAAGACCCCGUAUCACCGUGUGUCUUUUCUUAUGUAACGAGAAAGAAAUGUUAAGUCAGUUUUUUUUUUUCUAAUGUAUUUUUAUCCGAUUGCCCAAAAUGAAUAUAUGACAUUAUUUUGGUGUCUGUACCACUUAAUGUAGUGACUGAAAGUUGUGUCUGAGAAAUAAGAAAUACAGAUGAUGAUUCGAGCACUGAAACUGUGCGUGCGUGCGUGCUUGCUUGCGUGCAUGCUUGCGUGCCGGAGGCGCCUCCGGUACUGUACAUACAGUAAGUAUGUACAGUAUGAACAGAUGAAAUACUGUGGGGUACAUGGUCCUCUCUGCCGGCUGAAACGUCUUGGAUACUCUGGGGAAAAAAAUAGACAAAUGUUCUUGUCAGAAUUUCAAACAGCUGAAUAAAGUUAAAAAAAAAACUAA